GACACAACCACCAACAAACAAUGGACCUGGUGACCAGCGACGUCCUCAAGGUGUUAGGCCUGAGGGAGACCAUAGUUUAGAAUCGGUAUCAGGUAAACCAAUGUGGAUGAACUUGUUCAACAGUUCAAACGUUGGUAUAUAUAGGAUGAAUGAGGAUUUCCUCAGUGUUUCUUUUGCAUCAACUCCGAAUGCCGUUAGUCCCCCGUGUUCGAUUCAUAAUCAUUGUUAUAUAUUGUACAUUCUCACAGAGUUUUACCCACUUUUCCUCAUUGCGGGUUUGAGUUACUGUGUCGCAUUGAAAUAG